AUGACAGACCUCCGAAUCCAGUGUGUCAAGAACGUGGUGCUAGAAACAGCGCGUGGUGAUGAUGGAGAAAUCGAUCGCAGCGCGCUCCAGAUGGACCUCGUGCUGCGCAAAGAAGUCGGAAACGCACGUCUAGUCAGUGGUGAUGCCGUGCUGUGGGUGGGUAAGGGCGUGUUGUCCUACAAAGACUCGAUAGUGGACUCGGUACCCACUCGUACUGUGCGCAUCGAGAACAAGAAGCGGCGCUUCGUGUUCACAGUGGUGCUGGACGCUGCUGGCAAACAGUUUUAUGCCGACCUCAAGGAUCAGGUGGAAGCUAAAGCACGAGUCGAAGUCCGCAAGAAGAAGCGGAAGAUUCGUACACAGCUGAGCCGAGAAACGGGCUUUACGCCCGUUAACACACUAAAGAGCCCUGCAACAAGCCCCUCUCUCCUGCUCCCAACUCCCACAAAAAAACUGGCCUUGACGCCCAAGCGUGCCCCGCUGGCGGAUAUUGGGACACCACAACGGACACCACAAUUAGCCCUCCCGCCGCCGCUACCGGUGGCUUUGAAGAAGUCGACUCCGCAUUUGACCUCCCCGUUGAGGUCGCCGUUCCGCUCUCCUUUCCGCAAGAAAGCGCGACGUUCGCAAAGUCCGUCCCAUGGACAAGUGGAUUUCUCAUCGCCAUCCUUGCGAUCUCCCGCUCGUGAAUGGCUCAGUACGACUCAGUCAACGAAGCUACAUAGCGCACCGACCCCGCCGGUUAAAACACAUCGCAAUUUUCAAACGCCGGUAAGUGAGAGCGCACAAAAUGCAGAGAUAUCUGGUGAUAGCCCAUGUGAUAGACAUCGCCGGAAGUCUGUCACGGGAUCGAUAAAUAAGCGGGUGCGCUCGCUUCAGUUGAUGCUGGAAGAUGAAUCGGUUGUGAAGGAUCCCGCUGUGGACGAUAAAACGAAGAUUACGUCGCACUUCUUCAAGACGAACUCGCCUUCUUGUCAUCCCCAUGACAGUGCCGCUGAGGUUUUUGAUAAGCCGCUGGAAUCGAUUGCACCGGCGGCUGAUAGAUCAGAUUCAAGUGGAGGUGACUUACCGAUAGAUGAAGCUCAUAGAAGCACGCACGGAUUGCUGAACUUGGGAAACUACUGUUACAUGAAUGCAAUAGUACAAGCAUUGGCAGCCCUUCCUGCGUUUGUAAGUGCUGUUACAGACGAAGAAAGCUUAUUGCAGAUUAUUCGGAAGCAGCCCUGUGCGAGGGCCAAUGCCAGGACAUCGGAGCAACUCAAGACCAUUUUCAAUGACUGGCGAAAUAGUGGCGACUCUAAGCAUCUUCCGCUCCAGUAUGCCUUGAGCCAAUUGCUCCAGCUUGUUGUUAACGGCAGCGAGACGUCGAUUAAUCCAGAGUUUCUCAAGAAUGUGAUGGGAAAGAAAAACUCCAUCUUCGCAACCCACUUUCAGCAAGAUGCUCACGAAUUUUUGCUAAACGUCGUGACCGAGUACGAAAACGAGCUUGUGAAUAUGGUCCACGAAGUGACCAAAAGGAUUCAGGGAGAGCCCAAGUCAUCUCCUCAGGCUCAGCGGAACGGUGUAACGGGUUUCUUACGCAAUGGAUCAAAGGCGAGUGACGGUCAGCACGAGACUGCAAGCGGAUCAGCUCACGUGGAACUGGAGCUCAUUUGUCGGCUGCCUCCAGCAAAGUGCUUUCGGGCGGAAUUAAGCCGCACACUGACUUGCCAAAGUUGCGGCUACAGCCGGAAGCAGGCCGAGACAUUUUACGACUUCUCUCUUGAUCUUCCUUACUACCCUAUUUCAGAGCUGGAACCCGUUGCGGAGCAGGAACCUACGGCAGAGCAAGAACCGCAAGCAUCGCCAUCGCUUGGACGACGAUGUUUUUGCAACCUUGUUCCGCAUGCAACGGGAGUAGAUGAUGACCGCUACUACUGCUGCACGAAUUCGUCCUGCAGUUAUCGAGAGAAGGUUGUGGAUAGCGGGGGAUGUAGAGCGUCUUCUGCAAAACUUACAGAUACCGGGGUGAAUUCCGCGUCGUCGUCAGUGUCUCCUAUCUCUGGCUGGCCGUCACGACCAGCACCUAUUGAAUUGGAAACGCUGUUACAAAAGCAGUUUGAGACCGAGGUGUUGGAAUUAACGUGCGAGAAGUGUAAAGGUGGCAAGGAGGCACGAUCAGCGUACGAGGUCGAGUCGCUGCCGUCGAUCCUCGUGCUGCAUCUGAAGCGCUUUGAGGUGGAUCCUCAAACGGGUGUUUUGUUCAAGCGGUGCGACCUGGUCGUACCUCCUCCCACGAUUGAUCCCGUUCGCUCGAUCGACAAUUCAUCUUCGUCUGGGAGCGAACGGCACUAUGUGCUGAAAAGCGUCAUUCACCACCUUGGUAAAAACAUUGACGAGGGACACUACGUCGCUGACGUGUGCGAUGCUCAUGGCCAAUGGAUACGUCGAAAUGAUACGCAUGAAUCGAAGAUUUCGACAGACUACGCAUUACAAUCGUACCGGAGCCAGGAAUCGUGCUACAUGUUCUUUUACGUGAAAUCGGAGAGAAGUGGCACCAAUGAAGACAAAGAAAACGUCCCUUCAAAUCACACUACGCCACAAAAUGAAAACGAUGCAUCUUCGAGCCGGCAACGUGAGGGGUCCCGUAGCGAUGGUUUGAGAGCUUUCCUGUAG